CAGGGCGCUCCGGAAAUGACGCGGCUGAUUCUCGGGGUCGCGUCUUUCCCGCACCCAGGGGUUUGUGGGAUUCCGAGUUGCGCAGAGGCUGAGAUUCUAGAGCACCCUCGACACCUCCACCCCACGUACGUGUUGCAGUAAUAUCAGAAUUUGGCGUGCGGUUUACCCGUGUUUACCGCUUUGCGUCUCCUUUGUGAAUCGUCUCUGUUUGAGCAUCACGAGACCUAUUUUAACACUGGUGCGGGGCCGCGAGGGACGGGAUGGAUAGAUUCCUGGUGAAAGGGGCUGAAGGGGGCCUUUUCAGGAAGCGGGAGGAGCAAGAGGCAACUGGAGAAGAGCCCCUUGUGUUGGGAGGAGACCAAGAAAGCACAAGGAAGAGGCCCAGGAGAGAGGCCCCGGAGAGUGGAGGCCACUCCACAGGCCCCAGCUGGCGGUAUAUUCGGGCGGAGGGCCUGGACUGCAGUUACACAGUGCUGUUCGGCAAAGCUGAGGCAGAUGCGAUUUUCCAAGAGUUGGAGAAAGAAGUAGAAUAUUUUACAGGGGUGCUGGCCAGGGUCCAGGUGUUUGGGAAGUGGCACAGUGUGCCCAGGAAGCAGGCAACGUAUGGUGACGCUGGGCUGACCUACACAUUCUCAGGCCUCACGCUGUCUCCAAAGCCGUGGAUCCCAGUUCUAGAGCGCAUCCGGGAUCGUGUCUCUGUGGUGACUGGAGAGACCUUCAACUUUGUGCUCAUCAACAGGUAUAAAGAUGGCUGUGACCACAUCGGGGAGCACCGAGACGAUGAAAGAGAACUGGCCCCUGGGAGCCCCAUCGCCUCUGUCUCCUUCGGUGCCUGCAGAGACUUUGUCUUCCGGCAUAAGGAUUCCCGUGGGAAAAGCCCCUCGCGGAGGGUGGCGGUGGUCAGGCUGCUGCUGGCCCACGGAAGCUUACUCAUGAUGAACCACCCGACCAACACGCACUGGUACCACAGUCUUCCUGUGAGAAAGAAGGUUCUGGCUCCACGGGUCAAUCUGACGUUUCGUAAAAUUUUGCUUACUAAAAAAUAAAAAUGUUUUUAACAGUU